AUGAGCGAGUCCCCACUCUUGAAAUCAAAAAUACAGUUUUUUCGGCAGAAAGGCAAGGAAAAGAAAAAUGAAAAAGACCCUGCUUGCAAGGGAUCGGAGCGCUCCACAAACAUACCAUCCUCGGUCUCUGAGAUGGGAUCGGGCCUUUCAGAAGAAACCAAGACACCACCGAUCAAAUCAUUGAUGAGGCUCUUAAAAAAGACAUCAAUGGAAAAUAAAACUAGCGGACCGACAUCGAGACAACCCCUUUGUCCCGAACACUGGACACCUUCUCGGCUAAAAUCCACUUCAAUCAGUGGCUGCAGUGGUGAAAAUCUCUCUGAUAUGAAAAUCCACGAUACUAAAGAUGAGGACGCAUCGGGAACAACUGAGACCAGGAACAAAGUCUUAACGCAAGACUUUUAUGCCUUCAAUGAGAAAAUUUUUCAGUUGACGUUGAAGAAAAUCGACCGAAUGAAGGUCGAUCGGUCUUACCAAAGUGAAUAUCGAUAUGCUGUUCUCAAGCACAUUUAUGAGCAGACAUUGUUGCGAAGAGUAUAUUAUACCAAGAUAUUAGAGGAGGAAUAUAACCGCGAGCAAGAGCUCGGAAGAAGGCAUCAUACUAGCCGGCACUUCAGAUGA